UAGUAAUGGUGAGUCAGAUUUGGAAAAUGCGUAUUAAGCGUAAAGUAUGAGCAACCCCGGGGCUGGAGUGGUGUAUUCGAUGGAAAUGGAGAAGGAAUUCUCAAGUGAAGUCGCAAUAAGCGUGUUGGAUUCCUCCCUCUCUCGUAUCAAAUGGCGACUCAAGUCUUCCAGCAGGCGUCGACUAGAGAUAGAUAUAGUGGCCUUGUGUACAGGAAUGAGGGCAGUGAUAAUGGUAGACUACGGUGGCAAGAUGCCUGAACUGCAGGACAGGCUCUGCACUCUCCUAAAACUUUGUCGGAAGGGCGCACCAUUUUUUGAGCAGCUGAGAGUAAUGGUUAUAGAAGAAAUGAUAUAUUUGGUUCACAUUAGUGGACUUGCUAAGUAUGUUAGGUCAAGCUUGAACUCCGAAGCACAGCUUCUCUUUGUGGACCUUGAACAUGAUCCUCCAAAGAUGAUAAAACAAGCAGAAGAAAACCCACUUGGUGUGCAGCUUAUAUCAAUUCAGAAGUUGUUCUCUUUGGAUUUUCCUGUUGGUGGAAUGAAAGAUGACACAUCGUCAUCUCAUAGUAUAGAUAUGGCUGAUUCUGACCCUGUCAGAAAUAAACCUAUCUCUUCUCACUCCUUUGAGAUUAUUGAUUUCAGUAGCUGCAUGCAAGAUACUGACCUCACCUUGCCAACAUUAAAUGGAUGGCUUCUUGGUUAUCCAGUUGUGUACUUGUUCAGCAAGGAGCAUGUAGCUGAAGCUAUUUAUAAUCUUUCUAUGAAGUAUCUUCAUAUUUAUACAAUAUCAGUCUGCAGGAAUGGAACCCCCAAUAAACAAUCUGAACUAGAAGAACUCUUGAGUUUCUCAGUGCCUUAUGGUUUAAGCAUGAGAGGGAGCAAAGAAGAAUGGGCAGAGGCAUUUUUGGCUCAUCUGCAGGAGAAGUGGGAAAGAUGCAAGAAUGCAUGGAAGUCUUUGCGCCUGGAGGUUAGUGAAUUAAAUCCACAGGCCAUUGUGUUGUAAAUGAUCUCUUCAUGGUCAUCUCACAUCCUUGAAGAUGUAAGUUGGUAAGGAAAAUUGACUGACAGGGUACUUGUGUAAUUAUAUAUAUUGUCUAAGAAACUCCUAGGAAAUUGCUAGAAAGGAGUUUGAUGAAGAAGAUUAGUUGACACGAUGAAAUAACAUGUUCAAUAAAAAACAAUUGAAUAGUGGAAUCCAUUGAAAC